CUUCCAUAUUUUAGCUAUAAAACGACUUAAAAGUCCACCAAAGUGCUCUCUCUCUCUCUCUCUCUCUCUCUCGGCCAUCAGAGUGAGAGCUUGUGGAUUGUCAAUGAUUGUGGAAAUCAGCCAGGAUUUGAAGUUCAAUGUUUUUGCUACCAAUCCUACUAAAACAUUAGUUUCAAAUCUACAAAGUUAUACAGAAAAGACAGGUUUACCCCUUGGUGUUUCUUUAGGUAGCUGCACUAUUCUUGAAACUGCUGGAGAUGGUGCGUUGACCACACUUCAGAAGGUUCUGGAAUCAAGUGUUUCAAAUGAGAACAAUUUCGGAUCCAAAGAAGUUGUUUGGCUUCAUAUGGGGUUGAAUGGAGGUGCAUCAAACUUUGCCAUUGAAAGACAAGCAGUAAAUGAAGCUACCUUCUCUUGUCCAGAUGAGCUUGGUUGGCAACCCAAGAGGGUUCCAAUUGUCACAGAGGAUGGAGGAAUAACUCGGAUACGAGAGACUGGUUGCUCGAUUGAUGCGAUUUUGGAAUUCUUGAAAAAGAUGAAGGGCUAUGAUGCAAUGAUCUCUGAUGAUGCAGGGCGUUUUGUGUGUAACUAUGUGUACUAUCAUUCCCUCCGUUUUGCAGAAGAGAAAGGUCAUAAAUCUCUAUUUGUACAUGUUCCUCCAUUUUCAAGAAUCAAUGAGGAAACACAAAUGAAGUUUAUGGGGUCCCUUUUGGAGGCCAUUGCUUUAAGUUGUUGAUAUUAUUAUAUUGUAUUCUUGUUCAUGAAGAAACAAAUCUUUCUUUGUUGUCAUUAUAUGAUGUUGGACUGUUAUCGUGUAAAUUGAUAUGCUUUCUUAAGAUGAUUUGAAUACAUCAAAGAUUGUGGUUGUUUGGAUUA